AAUAAACACUGUACAAAGGGCAGGUUGAACUGUUCGGGCGCGCUUCUCUGAUGAGCUAGCGCCCUCUGUCGGCAGGAAGCGUUACAUUCUGACAGGACUUCCUUGGCAACGGCGAUCCACGCUUCCUUAGCUACAGCCUAACGUAAACAAUAGAAUGCGCUUAAUGAAGAGGAAAAUCACUACAAGUGUAGCUGGAGGCUUUAUAUUUGUGUCUUUAAAUAUGUGGUGACGCAUGUUAAAAGCGUAAUGCUUCCGUUAAACUUUAUGGUGCAAAGCGUGUUAACUGAUAUGUUUCGUUAAGUUAUGGAUUGUGAAGGAAUUUGACCCGGCCAGUUCAUCCAGUGGGCUCUGGACUGAAAACAUCAAUAUUUAUAAAUGGUUAUACAGUUUUUAAGCCCAUCAUGACACAGAGAGAGCAGCAGAGACUAAAUCCAGAUGAAGAAAUUAUAAAAGAGCUGUGUGUGUCCAACGGAGUAUCCUAUGAGAAGGUGUCUCAAGAAGGGAGUGAGAUCCUGGACCUAGAGAUGUUUUUCUCUGGAUUUCCACGUAUGCUGGGUCUCUCUCUCUUUCCUGGACUAUCCAGGCUCACCAUCGUAGGCCAGACCAUCAGCGUAAUCCAGGGCCUGGAGUGCUGUCCACUUCUCAAGGCAUUAUGGGUGGUUGAGUGCAGGUUAGAUGAGAUUUCGGGCUUGCAGAACUGUCUGCAACUACAAAAGUUAUAUCUGUAUGACAACAACAUCCAGCGUAUCACAAAUCUAGAGAUGCUGGUCAACCUUCAUGUUCUGUGGCUCAAUAAAAACCAGAUUUCUGAAAUAGAGGGGUUGAGUUCACUUGUAAAUCUUGAGGAGCUGCAUCUUGCUGAUAAUGCCAUUGCGAAACUUGGUCAAAGCCUGGAUCCAAACACCAGUCUCCAAAACCUAAACCUCUCAGGAAAUAAAAUCAGUUCUUUAAAGGAGCUGACCCAUCUAACUCGGCUGUCCCAACUGAGAGAACUGAGUCUUACAGACCCUCAGUCCAGUCCAAACCCAGUGUGUCUUCUCUAUAAUUACUACACACACGUCCUGUAUCACAUGCCGCACCUGCAACGUCUGGACACGUAUGAUGUUUCAAUGAAACAUCUUAAAGAUGCAGCGGAGUCUACAGUGCUAAAAAAGAUGAUGUAUUACACCAUGCGGGGACGAUGUGCUCAACGACAGUUUGAUGAACUCAAAGCCAAGCUCAGACAGCACAAAAAAGAUCAAAUACAACUACCAGAGGAGAGAAUAUGGGUGCUAACACACACGCUCAGAAAUUUGGAGUGUGAGCUGUCAAAUAAACAGGGAGCUGGCAAGAAGUCAGGUGAACCUGAGGACUCUGAUAUUUGCUCUGACCGUGAGCAGAAACUCCAGCGCAAACUGGAUGCUGUCAGAGACCGACUGAAGAUCUGGGAACAGCGUCUAAAGAAGUUAGAGGCGUGUUAUCAGCGUGAUCUGGCUUUGGCUUCGGACAGGAAGGAGAUGAUGGUGCAUCUCCUAUUGUUGGAGCUGGAAACCGUGGGAAAUAUUCGGUUUGAGGAGGGAAACACAAAUGAUCCUUGGUUCACCUCUUGUUAUGAUCUCUUGUUGUCUCGUUUCUGCGCGUGGGAUUACAAAACUCACCACAUCAAUGGCAUUAAGAUCAAUCGGAUCAUCCGGAUCCAUAACCAAGCCCUGCGGCUGCGCUUCCAGGACAAAUUGCAUUUUCUCAAUAUGGAGUCUCCGGCCAUCUCACAGAACAGCAAGCGCCAUACGGAGUAUCUGUUCUACGUGCCUGAUCCAGAGCAUUCCUGCGAGGGCGAUGAGAUACUCCACAUCGCAGAAACUGGUUUUAAAAACGCCGAUGCAUAUAAGGCGUUAGGCAGAGAGAGAGCUGUUCCUCUCUCUAACAGCGUGAGCAUGUGUGACAGACUGCGGAUGACAUCCCUCCAAAAAACAUCAGAAUGUGACCCUGCCGACCCGCUUCCCUUCAGACAUGGUCAGUUGAUCAUUUCUAAAGUGUUCCUGGGCCGCAAUGCUGGAGUAAAGGAGGGAGUCCCAAUAGAUUGUAAAUAUUACCCAAAAGCAAACUCCGUUUACCUGAGUACCGACUCAAAACAACACACAGCACUAACAGCCCCUGACUGUGACUGUAGACAGAGGCAGAAACUGUGGUACAUCUUUGAUCAUGAACUGGUGCUUCCAGAAUACAUUGUGGACUUUGAAUAUAUCACACAGGACACACCUGAGCACUCCUCUUCUUCAGACCCCUCCUCUGUUACACAUGUUUCCACGGCUGUUGCCUCAUCUGAGUCCCUUGCUGAGCUGGACCUGGAUGAGGGGGCAUUAGGCAUGGAACCCAUCCUAAAACCCCACCCUAAGAUGCUCAGUCUAGAUGAGAAAUCUAUACUGACAGUGGCCAGAGCAAAUGUGCUCAGUCAGAUCACAGUGCUGAAUCUACAUGGGAACAGUCUGAAUAAACUGUCAGAGAUUUCUCGACUCACGGCUCUGCAGCGUCUCACCCUCAGCUUUAAUGACUUAACUCGUCUGGGUGAUAUUUCACACAUGCCAAAUCUGGAAUAUCUCGAUGUUAGUUUUAAUCGUAUUUCAACUCUGGAGGGUCUGCGAGGACUUAGCCGACUGAAAGAACUGGAUCUUCGCUGGAAUCAGUUGACACGCCUCAGGGAUGACAUGAAUGUUUUGCGUAAGCACACCCCAGCUCUACUCCGCCUGGACACACAGCAUAAUCCAUGGCACAGGCAUAAGUGUGUGCGUUUGGUGAUUCUCUGUCUUCUUAAGACCCUCACUCAUCUGGAUGACAUUUUAGUGACGGAGGAGGAGGCGGCUGCUGCGGCUCAAAUGGCUGCCCGAUCCAGAAUAAACCAGGCAUCUCUGGUCGCCCACUCUUGGACUGAUAGUGAACGACCGCGCAGUCUGAGUUUGUUGUCUUCUGUUCACCUACUCACACAGAUGAGCCCGUCUCCAUGGAAACACUCUCAUGAGCUUGAACCAGGCUGGACUGCCAAAAUCACUACGCUGAAUCUGGAUGGUCAACAGUUGACGCGACUCAGUAAUUUAGACCAGCUGGUAAAUCUACGCUGGGCUUCAUUUGACAAUAAUGAGAUAUCACAUAUUGAGGGUCUGGAACACUGGCCUUUACUGGAGGAACUUUCACUUAACUGCAACAAUAUAAGCAGAUUGGAAGUUUCGUGUACGCUGCAAAGGCUGACGCGUCUCAGCAUAAACAGCAACCACCUACAGUGUUUAGAUGGAGAUGUAUUAGACCGGCUGCCCAACCUUCACUUCCUGUCUGUUGAGGACAACAUCAUCUCCUCUCUUCAUGGACUUCAAAGGUCACGCUUAUUAUUCGAGCUAUACAUCGGCAACAAUGACAUAAGCACCACCCGUGAAAUCUUCCAUUUAAAGACACUUUCCAGUUUAAUCAUUCUGGAUCUGUAUGGAAACCUCCUAGUGAGCAAACUGGAGAACUACAGGAUCUACAUGGUAUUCCACCUGCCCUCUCUCAGAGCACUGGAUGGAGUGGCUGUGGAGAUGUGCGAGUCAGAAGCUGCCAAAGAUGUGUUUGAAGGACGACUUACUGCAGAUAUGGUGGCUGAGAAACUGGGACACACUAACUACAGAGAGCUAUCUGAGCUCAAUCUGCAGUCCAGCUCAAUCAGGAUGGUGGAUCUGGCCCCUGCUAAUUUGUUUGGUAAUUUACGCAGUAUUAAUCUAGAACACAAUAACCUCACUUCAUUCAGUGGUCUCAUCUUCCUGCCCAAUAUCAAGAUGUUGUUUCUUAACUACAACCACAUUGAGUCCAUUCUGCCACGUCAAAAAGUACAGAGUCACAUGAGCAACAAGCAGAUUCUUCAUCAUAAAGUCACUUCCAGUGGCUAUGGGCAGCAGAACAGCAGGCUCAGCAGAGAAGGAGAAUCUCGUGAUAAUCAAGAGCCUCUGAUGCCCAGUUUAGAAGUUCUGCAUCUAGGUCAUAACGGCAUUUCCAGCCUGUUGACUUUACAGCUGAGCCGACUGACAAACCUAAAAGCCCUGUUCCUACAAGGAAAUGAUAUAAGUCAGGUGGACGGACUGGAGGGUCUCCAGAGGCUACUUGAGUUGGUUCUGGAUCGAAAUCGUAUCAAGUCUUUGAAUGAGAGCUCGUUCCGCGGACAGGAGUACCUGAUGGACCUGCGUCUGGCAGAGAAUCGCAUACGCGAACUGAAUCACCUGGAACCACUCACAGGGCUCAGAAGACUGUUUUUAGACAUGAACAAAAUACAGGAUGUUUCAGAGCUGGAGAAACUGGAGGUUCUGCCUUCCCUUAUAGAACUGUCUGUGGCUGGCAACCCAGUGUCACGGAGGUCACUCCAUAGGCAAGCAGUGGUAUUGCACCUGUCUAGACUGCAUGUUCUGGAUGGUCUCACUAUCACACUGGAGGAAAGAACCAGAGCAGAACUUUUAUCAAAUGAAGCACAGGUAGCUCACACACAGGCCUUUUCUAUCCAGGGUUCUAGCUCAGGUGCUGCUGAUAUGACUUUACCAGGUCUGGUACCAUUGAUGACCCGACCAGUUCCUUUAAGGCGUACCAGCCUGAAUCCAGGAAUACACACACUUAUAACUGAUCAGCAAGAAGACCCACAUGAUAAAGGCAGAUAUAAGAAGCAGAGAGGAGGUGUCUCGUUCCUACGUGGCCUUCAGAAUGAUGUGAGCUUCAGGCAGAUCAGAGGAGCUUCUAGCCAUUACCCAACAGUACUGCACCCGACCGGACACAGAGUUUUCUCCAUUUAUCCUAACAGUGAUCUCGACAGCAGGUACCAGUUUCAUGGCGGUCCAAGGCCUAAACCUCCUCUGUAACUGCAGAACCAUAGCGACACACUGUGUGUGCAUUUUUGUCAUGUGUGUUUCUUCACACAAAAUUCCUAGAUCAAUGGAUCUUAUGUUGAACUUAUGUUUAUUCAUAUUUAAAAUAUGUUUAUUAAAUGUGAAUAUCAU